AGUAUAUUUCACAUGCUUUGACACAUUGAUCUUCAUCUCAUUUUAUCAAUAGGAGUAUACUUCACAUGUUGGACACAUUAAUUGUCAUUUCAUUUAAAGGAGUAUACUUUACAUAUGUUUGAACACCUUGACCAUUUUUUAUUUAGAGUAAUAUAUUUCACAUGUUUGGACACAUUGAUCAUCAUUUUAUUUAGAGGAGUUCCCCUUCAUAUGCUUUAGCAAUUUGACCGUCAUUUCAUUUAGAGGAGUAUAUUUCACAUAUUUGGACUCGUUGAUCGUCAUUUCAUCUUGAGAAGUAUAUUUCACAUGUUUUGACAUAUUAAUCGUCAUUUCAUCUUAAAGAGUACAUUUUAUAUACUUUGACACAUUGACUGUCAUUAAUAUAAAGGAGUAUACUUUACCUGCACAAAGUUGAGUAUUGAAAAAUUUUGUGCACUUUUUUGAAAAUUCUUUUCACAUGAUUAUUGUCAUUUUCUAUUAAGAACUUCAUUCCCCUAGAGAAUUAACCUACCAUACUCAAAAAGUAAACUCACAAAGCCGGACAAUCUUUUACAUAUAAAAUGUUACUUGUCACUAUCCAUCAUUUAUUAGAAGAAUACAAAAACUCAAGAAGAAACACACACUCCCUCACUCCUCAAGUCAUUAUAAAUCUCCCAAACUUCAACUCGUAAUUUACUUGUAUCUCAAAUCAUUAUGUCAUCAACAACAUCAACAAUUGCUAAAACAAGAUCCGAGUUGUUCCAAACUCGUCUUGGUUCUGCUCUAAGAACAACCUUAGCAUGCAGCAUAGUUGGUAUCACUGCCCUAUAUAGCCCUGAACAUGUAAAGGGUUACAUUAAAUUUCCAUCUAUUUCUUAUGUAACAACAAUUCUCAUAGUAUCCGAUGCCACACUUGGUGAAACAGUUAAAGGUUGUUGGCAUGUUCUAUGUGCAACCAUUCAGGUUAUGAUUUUUUCUCUACUUAGCCUGCAAGUUAUAAGACCCGGUCACUUCAGCGACUGCAUGGCUGCGCUGGCGGUGGCACUCGGUGCGUUCGUGGUGUCGUUACCGGUAUCGACGAACUUGUUGACUAAAAGGAUUGCUUAUGCACAGCUUGUGAUAAUUUAUGUGAGUACAGUUAUAUAUGGUGCGAAACAAGGAGUGGCUACACAUUCAAUUCAUGUGGCUUGUUCUACUGCACUUGGUGCUAUAGCUUCUGUUCUGGCCAUGUUGCUACCUUAUCCAAGGGUUGCUUACUAUGAGGCAAAGAAGUUUUAUCAAUUAUACACUGAGAAUACAUCGGAGAGAUUAAACUGCAAUAUAGAGGCUAUCUCGGCCUCAGACAACGCAACUGCUGUUGGUUAUAAAACUCGAGCCAAGUACCUUUCCACAACAGGAGCCAAGCUUCUCCAUUGUGUCACAACUACACUGGAUGGCAUGUAUUGGGAACGACCUCAAUCAAUAAUUUCCAACUCUCGUAUUGACCUGGAAGAGAAACUACAAGACUUGGAUAUACCAAUAAGAGGGAUGGACAUUGCUCUAUCGAGCGGCAUGUCUUUUCCUGUUGGUGUUAUAGAUGAAGAGCUCAGAGGUGUUCUGCUUAAUUCUAAAGGAGAAAUCAGCCAAAAAUUAGAUCAGCAAGCUAAGUGUUUUGUUCCUUUUGAUGCAACUACAGCUCAAGAAAUGAAACAGGGCAUUUUCAACAAAUACCUAUCUAUAGCCUGCAAAGAUCUUCCAACCUCGUUCUUUUUAUACUGUGUGCAACUUCUCCUGGAUGACGUGUCUAUUUCAAAGAAAACCGACCAUGCGCUGAAGAAAGCUCAGAAAAGUGUUGACUGCCAAUCGUGCUUCAACAAGAUCAGUGAGCUUUUGAAGAACUUGAUUCCCAGCAACAAAGGCUUGAUCUUUGCAUUAAAGUCCUCUCUGUCAUUAGGACUUGCUGUGUUACUUGGUUUGAUGUAUGACAGGACUAAUGCAUAUUGGUCAGGGCUCACAAUUGCAAUCAGUUUCGUGACUGGACGACAACCGACAUUCUCAGUUGCAAAUGCACGAGGACAAGGCACAGCUUUUGGAUCAAUCUAUGGGAUCAUAUGUAGCUUCAUUUUCCAAAAAUACGUGGGAAUUGUGGAUUUAAGGUUCUUAGCUCUUAUACCGUGGGUCAUUUUCGCUUCUUUUCUAAGGCAUAGUAAAAUGUAUGGCCAAUCUGGGGCAAUUUCAGCAGUUUUAGGGGCCUUGUUGAUCCUUGGUAGGAAGAACUAUAGUACUCCACCUGAAUUUGGAGUUGCUAGAAUGGCCGAGGCUACAAUAGGACUCACUUGCCUUAUCAUCGUAGAGAUUAUAUUAAGCCCCUCGAGAGCUGCAACUCUAGCAAAAUCAGAACUUUCUCAAACCUUGAAAACACUUCAGGACUGCAUUAAGCAGAUUGCCAUGAUUACCCCUAGCGAAAGAGAGCUUCCAUCUUCAAGUUACCAAGCCCUGAGAGAAGAGCAGAAGAAGCUCAAAUCUCUUGUGUGUCAAUUAAGAGAAUUUACAGCAGAAGCUGAGGUGGAGCCAAAUUUCUGGUUCCUUCCAUUUCAUAAUGCCUGCUACAACAAUAUGCUGAAAUCUCUAUCAAGGACGGUAGAUCUCUUGCUUUUUGUGGCUUACUCAAUGGAGCAUGUCACACAAUUGGCACAGAAAGAUGGAGUAGUUUGGAUGGACAUCCAAGGUCGAGGGAAUGAAAAUGUGAAGAUUUUCAAAGAGAAAGUUGACCCCAUAUUGAGAAGCCUGGAAGAGAUAACACGGAUGAAGUCUGUUAAGAAAAUUGAAAGUGAUUUGAAGAGCCAAAACGUUCCUCACGAUCUCGAGUCACAAGAAGGUCUCAAUGCAGACGCAUUAAGGAUCUUGAGCAGAGAUGAAGAGGUUGAUAGCAUUACAAACUCUUUCCUCCAACAUCUAGAGGAAAUUGCUGACAAAACUCAUACCAACAAAGACGAGGAGACGCUUAAAGUUCAGAUGCUUUUUCAUUACAGCAGCUUGGGAUUCUGCACCAGUAGCUUGAUGAGAGAAAUAGGCAAGAUUGAGAGUGAAAUAAGAGAGCUAUGUAUAUGGGAGAACCCCUCAAGUGAAACAAACUUCAAAUAGAUUUAUUUUAAGAUCAAUGCUGUGCAUUCAUAGUAAAUAUAUCACUGUGGUUCCAAAAUGACCACAAUAAGAGACUUAGACUUACAAGUUAGCCAAUGACAUGUAGAUAGUAUCUUGUAUAAAAUCAUCCAAUUGAAAAGAGAAGUGAUUCAACUCUAUAAAUUGAUGUUUAAAGCACCCUAAAAAGAAAAUUCAAUCCUUGAUGUGGUAUCAACAAA